GGUGCCCCUCCUUGAUACUUAGGGCCAGGGCAUAAGGAAGAAGCAGUUUCAAUCACCCAGGCAGAGCGGCAGGUGGGCUGGAGGAGGGCUGGCAGCCUGCCAACCACAGCUGCACUCGCUUUCCUUCCAGCCUGCGGUCACAAAGUAGCAGUAAGGCUGAGGCAAUACCAGGAGCUGAGAAUGCCCCGGGCCCUGGAGCAAGCAGACGGCAGAUGGGCUUGGGUAGUCCUGUUAGCCUCCUUGGUGACCCAGGCCCUCACUGUAGGCUUCCCUUCCUGCAUCGGCGUCUUCUUCACUGAUCUGCAGCGUGACUUCCAGGCCAGCAACAGUGAGACCUCAUGGUUUCCCUCCAUCAUGGGGGCCAUGCUCCAUUGUGGGGGACCUCUGUGCAGCGUCCUGAUCAAACGUUUCGGCUGUCGAGUGACCAUGAUGCUGGGGGGGGUGCUGGCCAGCUUGGGCAUGGUAGCCAGCACCUUCUCAGACUCGCUCAUCCACCUCUUCCUUACGGCAGGACUUAUCACAGGCCUGGGCAUGUGUUUCAGCUUCCAGUCAAGCAUCACAGUAGUGGGCUUAUAUUUUGUCCGCCAGCGGCCGCUAGCCAAUGCACUGGCCUCCAUAGGAAUCUCCAUGGGCGUCACCCUCUGGCCACUGCUGGCCCGAUAUCUUCUGGAAACCCUGAGCUGGAGGGGCGCCUUCCUCAUCUUCGGUGGCAUCUUUCUCCACUGUUGUGUAUGUGGAGCCAUGCUGAGGCCCGUUGCCACCAAUGAGGACCCUGAGCCCAAAGAAGAUCUCCUUCUACCUCCCAAGACACCUACACGCAGCUGCCUGGCGACAUGUGUCUCGACUAUCCAAUACUACCUGGCCUUCGACAUCCUUCGUCACAAUAUGGUCUUCUGCAUAUAUGUCACGGGUGCAACAUGGAUGACCCUGGGUUUUUCACUGCCACAUAUCUUCCUGGUGCCCUACGCUAUGCAUCAUGGGAUGGAAGAAUAUUGGGCAGCCAUGCUCAUGUCCAUUGUCGGCUUCUGCAACAUCUUCCUGCGGCCAGUGGCAGGGAUGCUGGCGGGCAGGAAGAGCUUGGCUGCCUACCGGAAGUACCUGUUUGCCGUGGCGAUCCUCAUCAAUGGGCUCACCAACCUCAUAUGCACAGUGUCAGCCGACUUCCGGGUGCUCCUGGGCUAUUGCCUGGUGUACAGCCUGUCCAUGUGUGGAACCGGAAUCCUCGUCUUCCAGGUUCUAAUGGACAUUGUCCCGAUGGAUCGGUUCCCCAGCGCCCUGGGCCUCUUCACCAUCCUGUGUGGCAUGAGUUCUCUCAUCUCUCCACCAUUGGCUGGAUUGCUGCUGGACACGACCAACAACUUCAACUAUGUUUUCUAUAUGUCGAGCGGCCUCCUCAUCUCAGCCUCCCUUUUCAUGGGUGUGGGCUUCUACGUCGCAGAGAAGAAGAAGCUGAAGCAAGACAGGCAAGCCAAGAUGGAGGAUGCUACCUCAGAGAUUACCUCAAAGCACAGUCUUACCUCAAAAGACAAGGACAGUGCCAGGAAGCAACCAUACCCUGAAAACAUCUAUGUGACCAGUGUCUGAACUCCAGGGAUCACCUAUGACCUGCCUCUGAGCUCUGAAGUCAGUGGGGGGGGGAACCUUCCUUCCAGGAAGUAGAGUGCAGAAGAGGGCCUUCCUGGUCUGAGUCCUGCUUGAAGCAGUCAUGGCUAGCUAGCUACCCUGGGCUGGCUCUUCCCAGUUGUUUCUACAACCCAACACUCUGGGGCUUCUCAUCCAGCCUUCCCACGUCAGCUCUCUUUGCCUUUCAGGCCUCAGACAAUUUUGAAGAACUUGCCUGUCCUCCAAGAACUUACUACUCCUCUUUUCCCAAAUAACCAACCCUGACCCCCUCAGGUCAGGAAGAUUAAGAGUGCUGCUUCAAGAAGCUGAGU